AUGGAUAUUUUCAAGUUGAUCAUUUACAAAAAAAAAAGUUUUGUUUCAAAUAUUCGUGCACAACAAUGGUAUAAUGGUGAUAGUCCUCGAAAUUUAAGUGGUUUUAUUAAUGAUAAAACUAAUCGAUUGAUUGGUUGGCCAAUAAUGAGACAAUUACGUGUUAAAUCGAAUUUAUGUUCUUAUCAGAAACUACGUUCAAUCUGUAUAAAUGAUUAUAGUUUAUUAAAUGAAGAAAAAAAUUCAUUUGGAUUAGCAUGGACAAAUGAAACAACAACAGAAGAAUCUAGUUCAUCAAUAAUUGAAUCAUUUCAAUAUAAAUCAAGUGAAGAAUUAGAUACAUAUGUUUAUAUUGGUGAUCAUGGAACUUAUAGUGGAAAUGGUUAUGUUUAUGAGUUUCGAGGUCGUUUAAUUGAUCUUCAAAGUAAUUUAUCUAAACUUCAUCAAUUAAGAUGGAUUGAUAAUCAAACACGAGCUGUGAUUAUUCAAUUCAGUUUAUAUAAUCCAAAUGUUGAAUUAUUUAUCGCAGUUACAUUUAUUAUGGAGUUUUUAUCAACAGGUGGAGUUUAUCCAUCAGCUCGGUUUGAACCAAUGACUUUUUACACAUUUACAUUACAAUUUCAAUUGAUCUGUAUGAUAUUCUAUAUGAUCUUGAUUAUUUAUUUCAUGUGGAUGGAAAUUCAAUCAUUAUUUUCGUUGAAAUGGUCGUAUUUUCAACAGUUUUGGUCUUAUGUUGAAGUUGGUAUAAUUGUAUGUUCAUGGUCAAGUGUUGGAAUUUAUAUUUGGCGAUACAGAGAAUACCAACGAAUUAGUUCAUUAUUUGAACAAACAAAUGGAUAUGUUUAUAUUAAUUUACAAUUUGCUACUUAUAUCAAUGAUAUAUUAACAUUUUUCUAUGGUUUUAUUUGUUUUUUUGGAACAAUUAAAUUACUUCGUCCUUGUCGAUUUAAUCAACGUCUUAUGUUAUUUAGUGAAACACUUAAAUAUGCUGGAAAAGAAUUGAUUUCAUUUUCUAUGAUGUUUUCAAUUAUAUUUUUGUCAUUUAUUUGUUUAUUUUAUUUCUUAUUUGCUUCGAAGAUUUGGGAUUGUUCAAGUUUAUUACAAACAGCACAAAUGUUAUUUCAAAUGACAUUAUUAAAAUUUGAUGCAGCGGAAUUAACUGGAGCUGCAGCAUUUUUGGGUCCAUUUUCUUUUAGUUUAUUUAUUCUUUUGGUUAUUUUUAUCUGUUUAUCAAUGUUUUUAUCGAUUAUUAAUGAUAGUUUUCGACGUGCUCGUGAUGAUAUGAAGAUUAAAAAUAGUGAAGAAAUAUUUUCAUUUAUGUUCAAUAGAUUUCAACGAUGGACAGGCUGGAAAAAAGCAAGUGAAGAAGAAAUUUAUCAACAACGAGAUGCUUUGAAGCGUUACGAAUAUUUUGAUCCGAGUGAACGUUUUCCUGACAGAAUUGAUCAAUUACUUGAAGCAAUCGAUCGAAUUUAUAUGAAUCAAAAAGCUGAAUUAACAAGAGUACAGGAAACUAACAUUUAA